UCCAACUAAUGUAAAUGUGUAGGCCUAAACUAGAGAUCUAACGGAAGCCUGCAGCCUAUAGGUGAGACCUAUUUUUUACUCGAACCUUUCGGGCUAUUCAUAAUAUUUUGUCCUUCAAAACUGUAGUCUCUACUUCAAAGAACAGUCCAGAACAAAUUUGGCUACUGUGUGCCUGCCUUUGUCCCGCAUCUCCAGUCAUCUCGGGGCACCUUUAUUUCUGAUCUUCACAGGACAGCGCCACAUACUUCACAAGGCCAUGGCCUAAUUGAUUUUAAUUUUCUUUCAAUAUUUCCUUAGAUCUUGCUUUCUUGUCUGCCCCCUGGAACAGACUUUAAAGGAAGAGGGGGAAAAAAUGCUCUCCUCUCACUGCAGGGAAGAACAAAAGUCUUCUUCAGAGGGCGAAGAGAGUCCCACUCUGAGGCUACUGAAAGGUCAAAAUAAUAAAUGUAGACUCGCUGCGCACACAAAGGGGGCAAAACGUUACAUUUUGGCAGCGUAGAGCCUUAUGGCGUGAUAAACUCAUUUAAAGAACCCCAAAUAAAGAGAACCAGCGUGAGUCCAGAGAGCAGAAUGGGGCUGUCAGUCCAGCAGACAGGCCUGGCUCCAGCGGGGCCUUUUCUCGGCUCAGCGGCGGCUUCAUGAGAAAAAGGAAAAUAUGCAUUCAGAAAUAGGCUACAACUUCGGCUAUAGAAGCAUUAUAUCAAAUACAGCCGAUCAUUCACGUACUUUUAUUUUUCAGACAACUCUGGCCUAUUCCUGACUCAUUUAAUAGCAAUAAAAUGGGCCACAGCAAAAUCAUUUGGUUUUAUUAUUUUUAAUCCAAGCUUAUAUCUAUAUUUAGCUGAAGUAGGGAUCUGACUAUUGGUAUAGAUAGGCUAUCCUAUUAUAACGCAGAACAGCAACCUCACACUGAGCAAAACUCUAACCAACAAGUCGGAGCUGUCAAGUAUUUUCUUUUUUAAGAUAAACGUCUUUGGAGCAAAUGCGGAAGUUGGAUUAAUAGUAUAUCUUGCUCUCUAACAAUCUUCAUUUCCGCAGUUUGUAUCGUGGGAUAUCAUGGUUGUGUUGAAAGGAAUACCUCAUAUUCUGUCUCCUGAGUUACUCUAUGUUCUGGCUAAGAUGGGGCACGGGGACGAACUAGUGCUUGCUGAUGUCAAUUUUCCAACAUCUUCAAUCUGUGUCCAUGGCCCAAAAGAGAUCAGAGCUGAUGGUUUGGGAAUCCCACAACUAUUGGAGGCUAUUUUGAAACUGAUGCCGUUGGACACAUAUGUUCCCUCUCCUGCUGCAGUGAUGGUCCUCGUGGACAGUGACAAAAAGAAGGAGUUACCUGUCCCUGUGUGGAACACCUACUCACACAUACUGCACCUUAAUGGUGCUGAGGUAAAACAAGAUAAGAAACAUGUGGUGGAAGUUUUAAAACGUAAUCUUUUGUUUUGUAGAGUAAUCUUGAGCAAGUUGAGCGCUUUGCCUUUUAUGAAAGAGCAAAAAAAGCCUUUGCUGUUGUGGCAACAGGGGAAACAGCUUUGUAUGGAAAUCUUAUACUGAAAAAGGGAGUUCUUUCUGCAGAAGAACUAAUGUGAUAAACAACAUGCAUAUGUUCAGAAUUUUGCAUUUGUUUAUUAUAUAUGUGUAUUAUUUGCUUUCAGUUAUUGUAAAAUUUGUAUUUACAAAAUAGCAUUCAGUUCUGUAUUUUGUGAUUUUAUACUUGUGUUUAUUGAAAUAAACUUCCAUG